CAUUUUUAAGGUUUUAAGCGACCUCAUAUUUUUGAUAGUGUGAUUUUUAUUUGUGCACAGAUUCCUGAUCAAAGUCACAAGUGGCGUGUAGAGUGGUGUUUGAGUAUCCCACCCGAUGCACCGGAGAUGCCGGCUACUCCAGGAACACCAGCGGUUGUCUUUAAAGCUAAGCUCUUCAUAUUUAUUCAACUAAAAAAAGCCAGCUCCCAAGGUACUAGUCCCUUAGAUGAUUCAGUGAUGAUCCCUCUGUUAUUCGACCCAAAGACUAACACUACUCAGCAAGUGGAUGUAUCACGACAAGCCAGCGCGCCGACCUCAUCUGCUGAGGCUGCAGUUAAUGCUCUGCUGAAAAGAUGGAAUGAAUCUCCCGCCUCUAAGACCGGAGACUGCACGAUAUUUCCUGCAGUGCUUGAGUUGGCCAAAAAUCUUGUCAUCCCGACGUAAAGCUACAGGCAGUCUUUCU